AUGGUAGAAGUGCCCGGGUCUACUGGCUUUCUGGCAGUGAUGACCAGUCCCUUGAAGCCUUAUGUUUCUGCAUGUUUUUUACAGAUGCCUAUUCAUUCCCUUCCAUGUUCAUCUACCACGGCCUCCUUUGCUGAUCCAGAUUUGGCGGAGUUUGAAGUUAUGGACUUAGAUGCCCAGCUAGACAGAUUGGAGAUGCUUAGCUCUCCUGUAGGCAAGGCAAAAUCCAAGGCAGUGGAUGAGGCUAUGGAGAGGCUGAAGAUCUGGCAGUCUACUGAAUUGGAGCUGGAUGAGGAUAGGGAAGCCAUUGACCAGCUGAGGAAGGAUCUGGACCUACUGCACAGACAGAACAUGGCCCCAAAACCUAUACUUGAAAUGAGCCUUGGUUUGGCAAGAGAUGUGCUCAACCUUCAUGACUAUUAUGAGGAUCUCAAGCCCACCUUCAAAACCUUUGAGUUCUACAAGGCCACUCAUGAAGCCAACUUGGCUGAUUUUGCAAAGCAGAAGGCCGAACUGGAUCAGAUGGUGGCGAGGUAUAAGGAAGCCAAAGCCACUGCAGACAAAUUGGAGAAGCAGAUUGCAGAGCUUCAAAAGCAGCUGGCAGAGUGCAGGGAAGUGCAGAACAGGCUCGGGGCUGGACUGAGCUCCAAGACUAAGGCUACCUUUCUUGUGCAGAGCAUGUUUGCAGCUUCCAGGCCAGCCUUGGAGAUUGCAGAGGCUUCAAUCCAUCAGGGGGUGCUGCUUCAAAAAGAACUUUUCAUUAAAAAGACCAACUUGCAAGAAACUCUCAAGAAAUUAGGAUUUUGA